AGUUUGCAAACGAAAAGGCGACACUACAUAAGAGAGAGGUUCCUAUUAGCUGCAACAACAUGGGCGCAAAGCAGUCGCGUGAGCCACGUUCCGUUUCAAUGGAAAAUCCAACUCCUGCCGGCGUCCUCGACAUAUCCGACGAUGUGGUGAAGCGUCUGAAGCAGGGUAUCACACAGCAGGCUCGCGAAAAUGCAGCCGCUGCGGAGCUGUCAAAGCCAGCGCCAAAACCACAGGAGCCGGCCAAAAAAGCGCCCGUCAAAGACGCCUCCCCGCCAUCAACGGUUCUUUACCAGAGCGCCACGCCCAUUUAUGUGCAGGGCGGCGGUCACACAAUCAGCGCCGCUGAUGUGCAGCGGCAAAUGAAUCAGGAACUGGUGAAGAACGAUGAGCUGUGGCGGCAGCGCUUGACAAAGCUGGAAGAGAAUCUAAAGAAGACGAAUACCAUCAUGGAAUCGGAGUAUGCGAAUGCUGUGGAGGGUGUGCACAAGCGUUUCGUGAGCACCGCAGCGGCGCACAAAACGCCGCUAUGCCAGGACCUAAAGGCACAGCUGCUUGCCUGCUAUCGUGCCCAUCCCGGCGAGACACUCAAGUGCAUUGAAGAAGUAGCCCAGUUUAAGCAGUGCGUCGAUAUGCAUCGCAUCAAGAAACUGGAUAGCGAACCCGAAGCGCCCAAGGCGUCAGCUGCCGGCAAGGCGGCCGUGCCGGUUGCCAAAGCUGGUUAAAGGACUUGUUUGCCCUGUUUAACAACGUUUCCUUCUUGUUUGUUUGCUUCUGCGUCUACCACAAAAAGCCUUCAAAUGAUCUGUUUAAACGAGGGAGCAUUCUAUUAAACGCGAGGUGUCAUUGUAAACGAUAGUAAAUUAAUUUAAUAUAUAACAAAGGUGCGUUUGUUAA